UCUGGGAAGUGUGGUCCUUCGGCUUGGCCGGGGCGGUGGCGGGUAGCCCUGAAAUUUGGGCGGCCCAUAGGGCCUUCAAUCUGGGAUGGCCGGAUCCGGAGGCUCCGGAGGCCCGACUGGACCUGGUCCCCUGACGGGAGGGGUGCGCUCCAAGGUGGCUCCGAGCGUGGACUUUGACCACAGCUGCUCAGACAGUGUCGAGUACCUGACGCUUAACUUUGGACCCUUUGAAACAGUUCAUCGCUGGCGGCGCCUCCCGCCCUGCGACGAAUUCGUGGGCGCUCGGCGUAGCAAACACACAGUCGUGGCAUAUAAGGAUGCCAUCUACGUGUUCGGUGGAGACAACGGAAAGACGAUGCUCAACGAUCUUCUGCGGUUUGAUGUGAAGGACUGCUCCUGGUGCAGAGCCUUCACCACGGGCACCCCUCCAGCCCCUCGUUACCACCACUCAGCUGUUGUCUAUGGGAGCAGCAUGUUCGUCUUUGGGGGCUAUACUGGAGAUAUUUAUUCCAAUUCUAACUUGAAGAAUAAAAAUGACCUCUUUGAAUACAAGUUUGCAACUGGUCAGUGGACAGAGUGGAAAAUUGAAGGGCGGUUGCCGGUUGCCAGGUCAGCUCAUGGGGCCACAGUGUACAGUGACAAACUCUGGAUCUUUGCUGGCUAUGAUGGCAAUGCCAGGUUGAACGACAUGUGGACAGUUGGCCUCCAGGACCGAGAGCUCACAUGCUGGGAGGAGGUGGCCCAGAGUGGUGAGAUCCCCCCAUCCUGCUGCAACUUCCCUGUGGCUGUGUGCCAGGAUAAGAUGUUCGUGUUCUCAGGACAGAGUGGAGCCAAGAUAACAAACAACCUCUUCCAGUUUGAAUUCAAGGACAAGACGUGGACACGCAUCCCUACUGAGCACCUGCUCCGGGGCUCCCCACCCCCGCCACAGCGGCGCUAUGGACACACCAUGGUGGCCUUUGACCGCCAUCUCUAUGUGUUUGGGGGUGCGGCGGACAAUACACUGCCCAAUGAGCUACACUGCUACGAUGUGGACUUCCAGACCUGGGAGGUUGUCCAGCCCAGCUCUGACAGUGAGGUUGGUGGGGCUGAGGUGCCUGAGCGAGCUUCCUCUUCUGAGGAGGCGGCUACCCUAACCUCAGAGGAGCGGAGCAGCUUUAAGAAGUCCAGAGAUGUGUUUGGCUUAGACUUCGGCACUACCUCAGCCAAGCAGCCUGUCCACCUGGCAUCAGAGCUGCCCAGUGGGAGGCUCUUCCAUGCAGCUGCUGUCAUCUCUGAUGCCAUGUACAUCUUUGGGGGCACUGUGGACAACAACAUUCGCAGUGGGGAAAUGUACAGGUUCCAGUUCUCUUGCUACCCUAAGUGCACACUGCAUGAAGAUUAUGGGCGCCUAUGGGAGAGCCACCAGUUCUGUGAUGUGGAGUUUGUGCUUGGUGAGAAGGAAGAGUGUGUGCAGGGUCAUGUUGCCAUAGUCACUGCACGGAGCCGCUGGCUCCGUAGGAAGAUUGUGCAGGCUCGAGAGUGGCUGGCCCAGAAGCUGGAGGAAGAUGGGGCCCUUGCUCCCAGGGAAGCCCCUGGUUCAGCUGUGGGCAGGGCACGGCCAACCCUGUUACGUGUUGCCAUUCGUGAGGCUGAGGCCCGGCCAUUUGAGGUGCUCAUGCAGUUUCUCUACACAGACAAGAUCAAGUACCCACGGAAAGGCCAUGUAGAAGACGUGCUGCUCAUCAUGGAUGUAUACAAGUUGGCACUAAGCUUCCAGCUGUGUCGCCUUGAGCAACUGUGUCGGCAGUACAUUGAAGCCUCUGUGGAUCUGCAAAAUGUGCUGGUUGUAUGUGAGAGUGCCGCCAAGCUACAGCUGGGCCAGCUCAAGGAACACUGCCUGAACUUCAUAGUGAAGGAGUCCCACUUCAAUCAGGUGAUCAUGAUGAAGGAGUUUGAGCGCCUCUCAUCCCCACUGAUUGUGGAGAUUGUGCGGCGGAAGCAGCAGCCACCCCCUCGAGCACCCUCUGAUCAGCCUGUGGACAUUGGCACGUCUUUGAUCCAGGACAUGAAGGCCUACCUGGAGGGGGCAGGCUCAGAGUUCUGUGACAUCACACUACUGCUAGAUGGCCACCCACGGCCAGCCCACAAAGCCAUCCUAGCUGCCCGCUCUAGCUACUUUGAGGCCAUGUUCCGUUCAUUCAUGCCGGAGGAUGGGCAGGUGAACAUCUCCAUUGGAGAGAUGGUGCCCAGCAGACAGGCCUUUGAGUCCAUGCUACGCUACAUCUACUAUGGCGAGGUCAACAUGCCCCCUGAGGACUCGCUCUACCUGUUUGCAGCCCCCUACUACUACGGCUUCUACAACAACCGACUGCAGGCCUACUGCAAGCAGAACCUGGAGAUGAAUGUAACGGUGCAGAAUGUGUUACAGAUUUUGGAGGCGGCUGACAAGACACAGGCGCUGGACAUGAAGCGACACUGCUUGCACAUCAUUGUACACCAGUUCACCAAGGUUUCUAAGCUGCCAACACUGCGGUUGCUGAGCCAGCAGCUGCUGCUGGACAUCAUAGACUCCCUGGCCUCCCACAUCUCGGACAAGCAGUGUGCAGAGCUGGGCGCUGACAUCUGAGGGUCUCGGCUACCUGUCUGCAGAGUGACGACACCUAACCGAUUGGCCACAUCUCUACCUGUGGAGUGACCACACCUGUGGGGUCAAGGGUCCUCAGCUUCUACAGGGGACUGAGGUGUAUAAGAACUCCCAAAACUUCAUUGAGGACACAGGCCCCAUGGGGAAUGGCAAGUGAAGCAGACUGUUUCCAGCUGGCACCUCUCCCAAGGAGACCAUGGUUCGGGGAUAUCACUGAACAGUAGAGAGACAGGAGAGUGAGUGGCUCUGUGCUAGUGUUGUGGAUCUAGCAUAGAAUCCUGCUGUCAGGGGAUGAGGGCUUGCAGGUUAUGCUAGCAAUAGGAUAUACUCCAUUCCUUACCCAGAAGUUAUGAGUAGGAACUAGUGACAGUGGGCUGAUCCUACAAAUGAACUUUGGAAGGUUAUGUUCCCAGUCUAUGGGGCAGCAAGCAUAGCUUAGCCCCCUACCCCAGAGAGGCUGCAUGUUCUGGCCCACCCAAUGUGCAUAUUUGGGCCAGGGAGAAGUCAGCAGAGAUGAUCCUAUGUUUGUGUUCUGUGACAGACAUGCCUCCAUUACAGCUGUGGCAAUGCUACUUACACAUUUGGCUGGCAUAGUUGCCACAACUACUGGUCUGUCCUUCUGUAGCAACAUGACAGUUCCAUGGUUUAGGACAUUCCCCAGAUUUGGGUUUAGCACUUAUUCCCUGUUCUAACCAUGUUAACACAUGGUGUCAGCUAGAUGGAAGGGAAAUUGCAUGCCUCAGAGCUCUGGGCUGUCCAGGGUAUCCAUCCUUGAUACCUGACCAUGAACAUCUACAUCUCAACAGCACAGUAGACCUUUUGAGUACAGAAACCUACACUAUGUCUUGUUUCCUAGAAAACCAGACCUCAUUUUGGAGAAAUGCUUGGUUCUUCCUGGCUUUAGAACACACAUUGCUCCUGUGCUCCAUUCACCCAUGCUACAGGGCUCCAGGCAGAAAGGUGACCUGGGGGGGCAGUCCCAGCCAGCCAGCCAGGAAGUGGUCUGGUUACAAGAUGUGCUGGAAGAGAGGAAGGUGCCCAACACAAGCUGAGCUCAGAAACAGCUGAGUGGAGGGUGCCGUGCCGGCUUGGUGGGCAGCCAGGCAGGCAGGAUGUGGGCCAGCUGUGCUGUGAGCCAUUCCCCAAGGUGGCCUUAUCUAAACCUCUUGGGGGAACACGUGGAAGCUUUGGUCUGCAGAUCUUGCUUCAUGCUAACUCCUGUAAUUGGCCCUUCAGUUCUCUCCUCUACAUAGGAGGUGAAUAAAUAUAUACACCCAGGGCUCCAAAAAAAA